GUCAUCCAAACCCAAUCAAUACCUCUCCCGGAACAAUGCGUGCGUUGUGGCGAGUGAUUGCGCUUAGCGUGUGCCUCCUGCUGCCUGCCGUGAUACAAGGCGCAAGUAUAUCAAGCCCGGAAGAUAUCGAUUGGUCUAGCGUACGUUCUAUACGAGAGAGGCCGAGCUAUCGUGGUGCCGUUUCAAGCCUUUCGGAGGGACCCAACCGUUCGCAGCGCAUCUUGAACGGUGUGACGGUAGCGCGCGGAGAUAUUCCUUAUGCGGCCGCUAUUCUAAUUAGUGAGGAAUUUGCCACCUACUUCUGUGGCGGUGUGCUGGUUUCUGAGUUGUUCGUGCUAACAGCUGCAUCGUGUGUUGAGGGAGAUCGUGAUCUUUCCAUUACGGUGCUGCUCGAUGCUGCCCAAAUCAACACCGCUGGGGAGUUCAUCGCGGUGUCGGAGAUCAUUGUACACCCGGCCCCGUCCGACAACGACAUUGCUCUACUUCGGCUAAACCGUGCCGUGAGACUUAAUGACAAUAUCCGCCCGGUGACACUGCCCAACCGCCGACAACGUACGAUGACGUUCGUCAACCAGCUGGCAUCGAUCUCGGGCUGGGGUCGUACCGCUUCCAACACAAACGAGGCACUACCUCUCAACAAUCUGCGCCUGGUGCGCAAUCACGUCAUGAGCAACUUCAACUGUGGCGUCUCGUUCCCGUUCACCAUUACCGAUCAACAUAUCUGCAUCACGGGCGACAGUGGCAGUGCCUGUGCGGGUGACGAAGGUGGUCCACUGACCACGGUUGACGUCGUAACGGGACGUACGUUCCUGAUCGGGCUGUACUCGUUCACCUCGUUCCUGGGGUGCGGCAUGGGACGCCCAACCGUGCACACGCGCAUUACGGAGUAUCUGGAUUGGAUUGAAGCGAACUCCGACGUGGUGAUACUGGACAACUGGGACACGGUAGCAUAAGCAUAGGCAAGGACGGUAGAUCAAAUAAAAUUUAUUCGCAAACGCAAAAA